UUUUUUUUUUUUUUUCUUCAGUUUCCCAUCCUUUCGCUCAACUUUACCAUGGCAUCGGGCAGCACGACUUCGUCCAAGCACUGGACCGUCGCAGCAGACGGCGAAGUGCGUCUGAAGCAGACCCUCGAGGGCAUGGGCUCCACGGCCCCGCUCACCGUGUUCGAGGUCUUCAAACGCACUGUCGACAAGUACCCCAAGAAGGACGCGCUCAAGGUCCAGCGCGGUGGCGGCUGGAAGACUUGGACGUGGCACAUGUACUAUGCGGACGUGUGCGCUGCCGCCAAGUCGAUGAUUGUUCUGGGUCUGCAGCCCUACCAUGCCGUGGGCAUUCUUGGCUUCAACUCGCCCGAGUGGUUUAUUGCCGAUCUGGCUGCCAUCAUUGCAGGCGGCUUUGCUGCCGGCAUCUACACGACAAACUCGCCCGAGGCGUGCCACUAUGUUGCCGAGCACUCGCGCGCCAACAUCAUCGUGGUCGAGGACGACCGUCAGCUGCAGAAGAUUCUCGCCGUGCGCGACCGUCUCCCCAACCUCAAGGCCAUCGUCCAGUACACUGGCACGGUGUCGAGCGACCUCAAGAAGAAGAACGUGUACGAGUGGGCCGACUUUAUGCAGCUCGGCCGCGACAUUCCAGACUUUGAGGUCCAGUGGCGCAUCCAGGCGCUCAAGCCCAACCAGUGCGCCACGCUGAUCUACACGUCUGGCACCACCGGCAACCCCAAGGCCGUCAUGAUCUCGCACGACAACAUGACCUGGACCGCGCAGACCUGCAUCAACAUUCUCAAGGUUGUGCCCGAGGACGAGCUCAUCAGCUACCUGCCUCUCUCGCACGUUGCUGCCCAGAUGAUUGACAUCCAUGCUCCGCUCGCCACCGGUCUCACUGUCUGGUUUGCCCAGCCCGACGCUCUCAAGGGAGGCCUGGUCAACACGCUGCGCGAGGUCCGCCCGACCGUCUUCCUCGGCGUCCCGCGCGUCUGGGAAAAGAUGCAGGAGAAGAUGCUGGCCAUCGGCAAGCAGACCACUGGCCUGAAGAAGACGAUUGCCACCUGGGCCAAGAGCAUUGGUCUGGAGGGCAAUCUUUCGCUCCAGAACGGCCGCGACGUGCCGUGGGGCUGGUCGAUUGCCAACGGCCUGGUCUUCUCCAAGAUCCGCGAGGCGCUUGGCCUCGACCGUUGCCGCAUCCAGGCGACCGCCGCCGCGCCCAUCACGCGCGAGACCCUCGAGUACUUUUUGUCGCUCAACAUUCCCGUGUACGAGAUUUACGGCAUGUCCGAGUGCUCGGGCCCCCAGACGGUCUCCUUGCCCGAGACGUACCGCACGGGCUCGUGCGGCCCGUCCGUCCCCGGCACGGAGCUGCGCAUCAUGAACCCGGACAAGGACGGCAACGGCGAGAUUUGCUUCCGCGGCCGACACGUCUUCAUGGGCUACCUCUUUGACGAGGCCAAGACCCGCGAGGCGAUUGACGACGACGGCUGGCUCCACUCCGGUGACAUUGGCCGUGUCGACAGCCAGGGCCUUCUGUACAUUACUGGCCGCCUGAAGGAGCUGCUCAUCACCGCUGGUGGCGAGAACGUUGCGCCCGUCCCCAUCGAAAACACCGUCAAGGAGAACCUGCCGUUCAUCUCCAACUGCAUUCUCAUUGGCGACAAGCGCAAGUUCCUCACCAUGCUCCUGACCCUCCGCUGCGAGCUUGACGACGAGGGUGCGCCCACCGAGCGUCUGUCCGAGCUCACUCUGCACGACACGCGCAAGCUUGGCUGCAACUCCACCCUUGUGGCCGAGGCAAUUCUGGAUCCCAACAUUCGCGCUGAAAUCCAGCGCGGCAUUGACCGGGCCAACCACAAGGCCGUCUCGGCCGCUCAGCGCAUUCAAAAGUGGGAGCUGAUCGCCGGCGACUUUAGCAUUCCCGGAGGCGAGCUUGGUCCUACUCUCAAGCUCAAGCGCCCACAAGUCGUGAGCAAGUAUGCCGAGGUGAUUGAGCGCUUCUACCAUGGCACUGAAUAACGAGAUGAAUGAAUCGGCGAAACACAAGACAAAAAAGAAUUAUUGUUUUUGGCCAUUUUGUUUGUCCCUCCCACCUCUCGCCACUCUCCUCUGGUUGAGGGGUCGAAUGUUUUUUUUUGCUCAUGUUGUUUGCAAGUUUUGAAAUGAAAUAAAGCAUGUGUCGUUCAGCGUAUCAGAAUUGCGAUGAACAAUUGUUUAC